AUUAUUAUAAUUAUUAUAGAAAAGAAACCAGCUGUUCUAUGAAGCACAAAUAUCUUAUUGUCAGAAAUUAGUUGUUUAUAUGUAACUGCUGAAACAGGCUCCUUCUGAAGAAGCACUAAUGCCACAUUCUGCAGCUACACCGUCUAUCACGAGCCACUAACUUCCUGUAAAGGUAGGAAACCAAACUGUAGAGGAAGCGGUCAUUGUUACUGCUGAGCCGCAGCAACAAUGACGCCAAAAUGUCUACAGACUCUGAUCUUUGUGGCAUCUUUCCUGUGCUGUACAACCAACAAAGACAACACUUUCAUCACAGUUUAUCUGACUGUGAGUCACACAUCUCAACUGUUUGAUGGACAGUCUGUGUCAAUGAGCUGUGAGGAAGACCAUAGCUCUGGAUGGAUGGUGAAGAGGAACACGACCAUAGAAACUAACACAGACUGUGAAGCUGACUGGGGAGAAGCAGUUGGUUCUUGUUGUGUUAUCAGUUACUUUGUUCCACUGGACAGUGGAGUUUACUGGUGCGAGUCCAGCUCUGGAUCCAGCAGCAGCAGCAGCAGCAGCAUCAGUGUCUCUGGCGGAUCAGUGAUCCUGCAGAGUCCUGUCCUCCUUGUGAUGGAAGGACAUGAUGUCCUUCUGCACUGUCAAACGUGGAGCCCAUCAACGCUUCCACCCACCUCUACAGCUCCAAACUCAUCUGCAACUCUGGCUCCUCCUUCGACCAACCUCCAGCUUGUGCUGGCUCUUGCCUGCCACCUGCUGGUGAUCUGUCCCUACUUCAUCUCUACUCUUUUCAUGCUUUCUUUAUAUCGACACAGACCUCCAGGAAAUCACCUGCCCGUCUCCAUGGUGAUUAACUCAACCAACCAGACUGAGCAGGGGUUUGAUGAUGACUAUAAUGAUGACAUCACAGCUGUCACCACAGACCAUCACCUUUGAUCGGAUUCUUGUUAAUUGUUGUAUGUUCUCAAAAUGCUUCCUCUUAGAAUGACUUCCAGCUCCACCUGCUGGUCGCUAAUAAAAAAACAAGGACUGGACACAAUCACUUCCAUCCACAAUCAGUUUGGAAAGUCCAAGUGUUUGGACUGUGGAAGAAAACCAGAGUCAAACACAUGUUUAGAGGUCAUCUCACCUCACACAGUUCUAACAGCCGUUGUUCUCAAGCAGUGAUGGAUCACACAAAACAUAAAAUCCUAUUCAUGACCUUUUACAAGAAAUAAUAAACUUCUGAAAUGACAAUGACAA